AUGGCCGAAAAGAAUUCUUCACCUUUGGAUGAGCCUCCUGUAGACUCAUCUAACACUUGGCAGAACCAACCCCUAGAAACACAAGACGGCGUCGAAAUGAGCGCUGCCAGUGAUGAUGAAGAGCCCAAGCACGAAUAUCCUUCGGGCCUGGCAGUUACCUUUAUCCUCAUAUCAGUCACUUUGGCCUAUUUCCUAUUUUUCCUUGAUCUUGCCGUGAUUUCUACCGCCAGUCCGUCCAUUACCUCCGAGUUUAACUCUUUGGUGGAUGUCGGUUGGUAUGGUGGCGGCUACCAGCUUGGAAGUGCAGCAUUGCAGCCCUUGAGCGGCAAGAUCUACAGUCGGUUCUCUAUCAAGGUGUGUCUUGAUUCUUGUCAUGCCAGUAGCUCAUGCAUGGUCAUCACACGAAAAGGAAAUGCUCACAAGCUCAAUAUACAGUGGACCUUUCUUGUCUUCUUCCUUAUCUUCGAAAUCGGAUCCGCUAUUUGCGGAGCAGCUCAAUCAUCGGCCAUGUUCAUCGCCGGCCGCGUUAUCGCGGGUAUGGGGUCUGCUGGAGUGGCUAACGGCGCAGUGACAACCAUUUCCGCGAUCCUGCCAGUGAAGAAACAGGCGCUUUUCAUGGGACUUAACAUGGGCAUGGGUCAGCUUGGCCUUGCGACCGGGCCUAUCAUUGGAGGAGCUUUUACCACAAAUGUGUCCUGGCGGUGGUGCUUUUAUAUCAACCUUCCACUAGGUGCUGCGGUCGGCGGAUUUAUUCUUCUCAAUAAAAUUCCCGAACCGAAACCAAAAGCUCCGCCUAUGCAGAUUCUUGGCUCUGUCAUCAAGGAGCUGGAUCUCAUUGGAUUCAUGCUUGUUUGCCCGGCGGUGGUUAUGUUCCUCUUGGGUCUCCAGUUUGGUGGUAACGAAUAUGCCUGGGACAGUUCAGUUGUCAUAGGCUUGAUAAUCGGUGGUGCUGCUACAUUUGCUGCAUUCCUUGUCUGGGAGUGGCGCCAGGGGGAUGAUGCUAUGGUGCCACUUGCCAUGCUCAAACACCGAGUUAUUUGGUCGGCUGCAGCGACAAUGUUCUUCAGCUUGUCCAGUGUUCUGGUGGCCGAUUUCUACAUUGCAAUUUAUUUCCAGUCGAUUGGCAAUGACACGCCCCUGAUGAGUGGUGUUCAUAUGCUGCCAAUCACUCUCGGUAUUGUCCUCUUUACCAUGGUCUCAGGCACCCUAAUUUCCAUUUUGGGCUACUUUCUCCCAUUCCUUCUUGCCGGCGGUGCUAUAUCAUCUAUUGGCUACGGACUCUUAUCGUUAUUGAGCCCUACGACUCCGACUGCAAAAUGGAUUGGGUAUCAAGUCCUCUACGGUGUCGGAAGCGGUUGUACGACUGCGGCGCCCUACAUCGCCAUACAAAGCCUCGUAGCUCCGGAGCAGAUUCCCCUUGCCAUGGCCAUUAUCAUCUUCUGGCAAAACAUUGGUGGUGCCACGUCUCUAAUCGCCGCAAACGCCAUUUUCGAUAACAGCCUUCGUUCAGAGCUUCAAAAACGCGCCGCGGAAAUUAGCGUUUCUCCAGACACCAUCAUCAAUGCUGGAGUCCGCUCCAUCCGUAGCCUGGUUUCUGGCUCGGAAUUAACUGCUGUACUCGCCGCAUAUGCCAAAAGCGUUGACAAAGUCAUGUACCUCGGCAUUGCGGUCAGUCUCACCGUCAUCGUGGUAUCUCCAGGACUUGGAUGGAAGGAUAUUCGGAAGGUCAAGGCCCAUGACCUUAAGGUACUCACUAGCAAGUCUCCUAACAGCGGCGAGCAAGAUUCUGCAGUGACUGGUGAAAAUUAG